AUGAAAUUCUCUUGGUUUGUUCUAUUGAUCAUUUUGGUUGUUUGUCGAACGUCUCCAUUAUAUAAUACUAAUAAUGAUGAUGAUGAUAAUUAUGUUGAGGACAAUUAUAAAAUACCACCACUUACUGCGGAACAAUUGACUGAAUUAGGUCAAUAUCUUAAACUUAAAUAUAAAGAAGAAUCAGAAUCUGAUGUUUUAAGCCGGAUGAUUGAUCAUUCCGACGAAAAUGAUGUAUCUAAACGUGAUGCUUUAUGGACAACAACAGAAGUUCUUGAGUGUAUUCGACGUUUGCGGCAUUCAAAAAACAUAUCAAAACUUGAUCUUGUUACUGAAAUGCUCAAUUGUUAUCGACGUUUGAAACAUAGCGGUUAA